AUGAGUUCUUUCUCCAUUACGAGAAAAAAGACCCCGUUCCAGAAGCACAGAGAGGAAGAAGAGGCGAAGAAAAAGAGAGCGGAGGAUGAAACAGCUCGUUUGUAUGCGGAGUUUGUGGAGUCGUUUCAAGGGGAUAAUGCACCUGGAUCAAAGACUUUUGUUCGAGGUGGAACCAUUAAUCCCAGUGACAAAUUGAAGAGUGAAUCUGAAGGUGAAAAGUCCAAAGAUGGGGUAUCUGUUCCAAAGAAGGGAAGUAGGUAUGUUCCAUCUUUCAUACCACCUCCUAUGGCAUCCAAGGGAAAAGAACCUGAGAAGAAGAGGGAGGAGGAAAGACCAAAGGAGAAGGAAAAGGGAAAGGCUCGAAACAUAGAUCAUUUUAUGGAGGAGCUGAAGCACGAGCAUGAGAUGAGGGAGAGGCGAAAUCAAGAACGGGAACAUUGGCGUGAAGGACGUCAUACCGAAAGUUCUGCUCCAUCUACUCGAUUUGAUGAACUACCUGAUGACUUUGAUCCAAGUGGAAAGCUGCCUGGAUCAUUUGAUGAUGGUGAUCCACAGACUACAAAUCUUUAUGUUGGGAAUCUCUCACCACAGGUUGAUGAAAAUUUUCUUCUGCGGACUUUUGGAAGAUUUGGGCCCAUUGCUAGCGUGAAGAUAAUGUGGCCUAGAACCGAAGAGGAGCGGAGGCGGCAAAGAAACUGUGGAUUUGUAGCAUUCAUGAAUAGAGCAGAUGGCCAGGCUGCAAAGGAUGAAAUGCAAGGAGUUGUUGUGUAUGAAUAUGAGUUGAAAAUUGGAUGGGGCAAAUCUGUGGCUCUUCCAUCGCAGGCAUUACCUGCUCCACCACCAGGACAGAUGGCCAUCAGGAGUAAAGAGGGUGCAACUGUGAUUCUUUCUGGUCCAUCAGGCCCGCCGGUCACUUCCGUCCCAAAUCAGAAUUCUGAACUGGUUCUUACUCCAAAUGUUCCUGAUAUAAUGGUCGUUCCACCUGACGAUGAUCAUCUCCGCCAUGUGAUUGAUACAAUGGCUCUUUACGUUCUGGAUGGAGGGUGUGCUUUUGAACAAGCUAUCAUGCAGAGGGGUCGUGGGAAUCCUCUUUUCAACUUCUUGUUUGAGCUUGGCUCAAAGGAACAUACUUAUUAUGUUUGGCGGCUCUAUUCUUUUGCUCAGGGUGAUACUCUUCAAAGGUGGCGAACAGAGCCUUUUAUCAUGAUAACUGGUAGCGGAAGAUGGGUACCACCGUCUCUGCCCACAGCAAAAAGCCCUGAGCAUGAGAAGGAGUCUGGUAGCACAUAUGCUGCUGGAAGAAGCAGGCGUGUCGACCCUGAAAGAACGCUGACUGAUCCACAAAGGGAUGAAUUUGAGGAUAUGUUGCGUGCUUUAACACUGGAAAGAAGUCAGAUAAAGGAUGCUAUGGGUUUUGCCUUGGAUAAUGCUGAUGCUGCAGGAGAGGUAGUUGAAGUUCUGACAGAAUCUUUGACACUUAAGGAAACUCCUAUUCCAACGAAAGUUGCAAGACUCAUGCUUGUCUCUGAUAUCCUUCAUAAUAGUAGUGCUCCUGUAAAAAAUGCAUCUGCAUAUCGCACUAAAUUUGAAGCUGCUCUGCCUGAUAUAAUGGAGAGCUUUAAUGACUUGUAUCGCAGUAUAACUGGAAGGAUCACUGCUGAGGCCCUUAAGGAACGAGUUCUGAAAGUGUUGCAAGUAUGGUCGGAUUGGUUUCUGUUUUCUGAUGCAUAUGUGAAUGGACUACGGGCUACAUUUCUUCGUUCUAGUAACUCUGGUGUGAUACUGUUUCAUUCUAUAUGCGGUGAUGCACCUGAAAUUGAGAAGAAGAAUAGCUCAGAAGACACAGUUGAUGGGGGAAAGACCAAUCAAGAUGCUGCAUUGGCAAUGGGCAAAGGAGCAGCUACGAAGGAGCUAAUGGAUCUUCCCCUUGGUGAGCUGGAAAGACGUUGCAGACAUAAUGGAUUGUCACUUGUUGGUGGUAGAGAAAUGAUGGUGGCACGAUUGCUGAGCCUGGAAGAGGCAGAAAAACAGAGGGGAUAUGAAUUAGAUGACGACUUGAAAAUUGCUCAGAGUAAUUCAAGUUCCAGUAGAUAUUCAAAUGUUCGCAGAGAAAUGAAUGUUGAACCGGAGCCACUAGGAUCAACAGGGUGGAAUGUUUAUGGGGAGGAUGAUAUGCCAUCCCAGAACCAAAGCUCUGUAUCUUUGGCCUCAACCCUCCCAAUUCCGCAACCUGAACUAAAACCCUUUGCAAAGAAAGAGAAGAAUGAUCCUGUUCUGCCAGCAUCUAAAUGGGCUAGAGAUGAUGACGAAAGUGAUGAUGAACAGAAGAGAAGUGCUAGGGACCUGGGGUUAAGCUACUCAUCUUCAGGAAGUGAAAAUGGUGGUGAUGGUCAAAGUAAGGUGGAUGAGAUGGAAUUCGUUACUGAUGCAAGCAUUCCAACACAACCUGAGAGUGGAAUGAACGAAGAGCAGAGACAAAAGUUGAGACGUUUGGAAGUUGCUUUAAUAGAGUAUCGUGAAUCCCUCGAGGAGCGAGGAAUGAAAAGUUCAGAGGAAAUUGAGAGGAAAGUUGCAAUACAUCGGAAACGGCUGGAGUCUGAAUAUGGCUUAUCUAGUUCUAAUGAAGAUGUCACUGGCAACAAGAGAAUAUCUUCUGAAAGGAGGGAUAGACGUGGUGAUAAUCAUGAAUCUUUAAGAAAGCGACACCGCUGUGAAAGCAGAAGCGAAAGCCCACAAAGAAAAUUAUCACUUAGGGACAGGGAGAGGGGAAAUGACUCGGACAAAGACCGGGAAAGGCAUAGGGAGAGGGAGAGAGGUCAUAAUUUGGAAAGCGAAAGAUGGGACCGUGAUCGCCAUGAAAAAAGUGGAAGCAGGGAGCGGGAUGAUCAUGACAGAGACAGAGGCAGAGACAGGGAUAGGAGGAGACGGACUUAUGAACAUUGUGGUGGGGAAUUGGAGAUGAAGACAAUCAGACCUCGCUUGCGAAAGAAUGUUUGUCAUGAAAAAUCUUUUGUCCGAAUAGCUGUGUAUUUCGUGUAUUUCGGUUUCACAAUUAAAUUUUUCUUGGGUUGUAUGUCAGAGCCUGAUAAUUUAGCGCAUUACUGCCCUAAAUCACAUGUUUCCGAAUCUGUUAUCAAAUGUAAAAUUUUCUGA